CCGAUCGGAGCUUGUAGUGGCCGGCUGGUGGCGGAGGCGGACGUCCGCAGCCCCCCUUCAAAGGAGCCCGACCCCCGAGGGCCUGGACGGCGUGAAUAGGGAGCCGGCAGGACACCCACGUCGGGAUGAAGGCACCCGUCGGCCUGGUGCCGGGAAACAAGGGGUGCGAGAGAAAGACUGGCGGUGCUCGCAGGGUCGGUGGGGACUAGGAGUGGUGUGACGGACUGCAUGCUGGAAGGACGUGUGGAUUGUGGGUUGCGACCAGCACAGACAAGACAACUCAUCAAUAACGUCUGCCACCGGCGGUGCACGGGGCCGCCCCACCGCAGCGAACGCCAAACUCAUUCAUGGACUACAGAGAGGGUUUACUACACCCGCCCACGGUCCAGGGCUGGUCGCGGGUCCUGGAACCGGAGGGACGACAAUCGGACGCCUGAGGACUUCAGGCGCGUCCGGUCGGGCGGGGAGGGCGCUCAAGCUCCCACUCCGUGCAACCGCCUCCGGCUGGGCCUAAACUCCUGGAGGAGCCCAAGAAGAAGAUGCGGUCGGCUGCCACGUGAACGGUGGUCUCCGGGAGGGGGCAGUGGGUUACACGUCCCACGCACGAUAGAAGGACCAGUACCGCCCCUACCGAGGGGCCAACCCGUCCGAGGUGAGGCCACCUUUCCGCGGCUUGACCCUGACGGACCUGGACGGCGAGCCACCAGCCGUCUACAGGGCGGAGGAGGGGGCGGCCUUCUGUCCGGUCUGCGACGUCUUGGUGGUGUGCCAGGAGGCCCACACCGGGGGCAAGCUCCACACGGAGAGGGAUCAGUGGAAGAAAGACGCAGCGGCAAUGGCCGCUGCCACCGCGGGGGACAUCGAGGCGGCCCUCAAGCUGCUACGGAGGGAGCGUCCGGAGCUUCUGACUUCGGCCCCAGUCUUGGUGCCCCCUACCGCGUCGAUCCCGCGGGCCCUGGAGCUACCGCCGCUGAGGCAGUCCGAGCUAGUCCGGCCUGCCAAGUUCAUCUGCCCCUCCCCGGCGGACUCAUCUGCCGCCGGGCCCGGAGGGCCUAUUACUCGGAACCCGCCGUCGCCGUCCUAGAUGACCUGGACUCUUUCUUGGCGGUGUCAGGGUCUGAGGAUUGAGGGGGGGGGG